GCCACCCGGCGCCCCCUCCCACGGCCCAGGCGGGAGCGGGGCGCCGGGGGCCAUGCGGGGCCAAGGCCGAAAGGAGAGUUUGUCCGAAUCCCGAGAUCUGGACGGUUCCUACGACCAGCUUACGGGCCACCCUCCAGGGCCCACUAAAAAAGCCCUGAAGCAGCGGUUCCUCAAGCUGCUGCCGUGCUGCGGGCCCCAAGCCCUGCCCUCAGUCAGUGAAAUGUCUACAGGGUUUGGUCUUCUUGGUGACAAUUCACUCCCUUCAGCAUUAGCUGCCCCAGCCUCCCUCCGCCCCCACAGACCCCGCCCGCUGGACCCAGACAGCGUGGAGGAUGAGUUUGAACUGUCCACGGUGUCUCACCGGCCUGAGGGUCUGGAGCAGCUGCAGGAACAAACCAAGUUCACGCGCAAAGAGUUGCAGGUCCUGUACCGAGGCUUCAAGAACGAAUGUCCCAGCGGAAUUGUCAAUGAGGAGAACUUCAAGCAGAUUUACUCUCAAUUCUUUCCCCAAGGAGAUUCCAGCACCUACGCUACUUUUCUCUUCAAUGCCUUUGACACCAACCAUGAUGGCUCUGUCAGUUUUGAGGACUUUGUGGCUGGUUUAUCGGUGAUUCUUCGGGGAACCAUAGACGAUAGGCUGAAUUGGGCCUUCAACUUAUAUGACCUCAACAAGGAUGGCUGUAUCACCAAGGAGGAAAUGCUUGACAUCAUGAAGUCUAUCUAUGACAUGAUGGGCAAGUACACAUACCCUGCCCUCCGGGAGGAGGCCCCAAGAGAGCAUGUGGAGAGCUUCUUCCAGAAGAUGGAUAGGAACAAGGAUGGUGUGGUGACCAUCGAGGAAUUCAUUGAGUCUUGUCAAAAGGACGAGAACAUCAUGAGGUCCAUGCAACUCUUCGAUAAUGUCAUCUAGCCCCCACCCAGGGAGAGGGUUAGUGGGGUGACCAUGCUCUAGUCCUAGUUCAGGUGAACUUAACCCUUCUCUCCCCAGGUCUGUCCUCGUCCUCCCUGAACCCUGGGGGCUGUAGGGAUUCCAGGUCCUGGGCCUUCAGUAGUCCAGAUCCCUGGAGCUGGGUGUCAGGAGGAGACAAAGUGUAUCUGGUGGGGGAGUCCCCAGCUCCCAGCAGCUCUCGUCCCCUUCUCGCCUGAUACCAGGGCUGAGGACAGCCCUGGUGUAGGGACUGAGUGCUUCCUCACCUCCCAACCGCACUCUAGAAACCACAUUAGACAGAAUGUCUCCUGCCAUGGUGCUUUCCCCAUCCCUGGUCUCAUAGACUCCCCUCUAAGAUUCCUUUCUCAGAGAAUAUGCUCUGUCCACGUCCCUGGCUGGCUUUUGAGCGUAACCUUAGAGGAGCCUGCAGGAGGCGGACAAGAAAGUAGAGAAUCUUGGCCUUGAGCCAGUGGUUAGGGCCUAGGAAUUGGUUGGAGUGGAAAACAGAAAGCCUGGCAGAUGAUAAGAGCCCAGGCUGGGCUGCCACUGCCAAGUUCUAUGGGUCUGCUGUCCGGGGCCAGCAGAACAUGAGUUCCUUGACUUCCCAGAAGGCCUUAUGUCCUUAGCAAUGUCCCAGAAAUUUACCAUACACUUCUCAGUGUCGUAGGAGAGCCUGGGAUCCAGAUAGCUGGUUCAUCCCCGGAUCCUCUCCAUCCUUCUUGCUUGUGUGGUGGGAGUGGUGGCCAGGGGGAAGUGAGUGGGAGGUGUCCUGGAUGAUGCCUUUCAAAGUCCCAUCCCGCCCUCCUGCCUGUCACCUGUUUCCAUGGCUUCAGUUUCAAUUUUCCAUGGCCUCUAGAUUUGGAGGCAUGGAGUGAGUCAGGGAUUUUCCUGAACUUGAUUCUUACCACUCCUCCUAGUGGCUGCCUUAGAGGAAUACAAGGACACAGGCAGGCACUCCAUCUGAACCCAGUAUGGGGCCAUUCAUUGGAAUCAUUGCCCAACCCUCCACAGUGCCCUAGGAUGCUCUAGGGUCCGUCCCCUCUCCCUCUAUUUAGUCUACCCAGAGAUGCCCCUGAGCUCACCUAGAGGGUGGGGACCAUAGGAUUCAGGUCCGACCUAUUGUCAGCAUUCUGCCAUGCUGCCCCC